UCGAGGUCAAACCAACAUGGCGGACAUGGCUGACGACGCCGUGCUGUUCCAAGCGUCAGACUUCUCUUCUCAGGGUUAUUCUCUCAUGCAGGACAUCAGACGACAGGGCAAACUAUGCGACGUAACCUUAAAGGUUGGUGACCACAAGUUCACAGCACAUCGUAUUGUCCUGGCUGCCACCAUCCCAUACUUUCAUGCCAUGUUUACACACGAUAUGGUGGAGUGUAAACAAGACGAGAUCAGCAUUCAAGGGAUUGAACCCAGUGCCUUGGAAGCGAUGGUCAACUAUGCGUACUGCGGCCAGGUACAGAUGGACGUCACCAACGUCCAGUCUCUUCUGGUGGCCGCCAGCUUCCUGCAGCUGCACCCGGUCAAGGAGGCCUGCUGCAGUUUCCUGGAAGACAGGCUGCAUCCUAACAACUGCUUGGGAGUGAAGAGGUUCUCGGAGACCUACAUGUGCCACAACCUCGCCGAGGCAGCCAACAAGUACAUCCAACAGAACUUCAUCCAGGUGUACAAGUCUGAAGAGUUCCUCUCACUUCCCAAGGCAGAAGUGCUGCAGUUACUGGCCAGGGACGAGCUUAAUGUCAAACACGAGGAAGAGGUGUAUGAAGCAGCCAUCCAGUGGAUAAGACACGAUGAGGAAAGGAGAAAAGAAGACCUGGUGGACCUGAUGUCCAAGGUUCGCCUCCCUCUGCUCAAGCCACAGUUUAUCAUCGAACGUGUCAUGACGGACGAGCUGGUACGCAGUUCACACCAGUGCAGGGAUCUUGUAGAUGAAGCGAAGGAUUACUACCUCAUGCCGCAGCGCCGGUCGCAGCUGAGCAGCAGACUUCGCCCCCGCUGCUGUACCGACAUUCCCGGCAGGAUCUACGCUGUGGGGGGACUCACACAAGCAGGAGAAUCCCUGAGCACCGUGGAGGUGUUUGACCCGAUCCUCCAGCAGUGGGACCUGGCUCCACCAAUGGCGUCGCUGCGCAGCAGGGUGGGCGUGGCCGUGUUGGCGGGGAAGCUGUACGCUAUCGGAGGUUACGACGGAGAGGCGCGGCUCAGUACCGUGGAGGAAUUUGACGCAGCGACGGGGAAGUGGAGCUUAACAACAGGCAUGAACAGCAAGAGAAGUGCUUUAGGAGCAGCGUCUUUGGUGGGAAAACUGUUUGUGUGUGGAGGGUAUGAUGGGAUAUCUUCUCUCAGCAGUGUGGAGUGUUACGACCCUGAUACCAGAAAGUGGAACCUAGUGACCCAGAUGAUCAGGUCUCGUAGUGCUGCAGGAAUCGCUGCCUUCGAGGGUCAGCUCUACGCUUUAGGGGGUCACGACGGGCUACAGAUAUUCCACUCUGUUGAGGUGUACAACCCCCACACCUACCGGUGGAGCCUGAUCUCACCUAUGCUGACCAAACGCUGCCGGCUGGGCGUGGCAGGACUGGACGGGAAACUGUACGCCUGCGGGGGAUACGACGGAUCAGGUUUUCUGGAUUCAGUAGAGAUGUACGAUCCAGCCACCAACCUCUGGACGUUUGUCGCGCCCAUGAACAACCGGCGCAGUCGUGUGGCCGUGGUCUCCACCUGCGGCCGUCUGUACGCGAUCGGUGGCUACGACGGGAAAACAAACCUGAACACGGUGGAGGUGUACACUCCGGACACAAACACGUGGACUUAUGUGGCGCCGAUGUGUGCACAUGAGGGAGGGGUGGGGGUAGGAGUCGUGCCUUGGCUUACAUCAUCGUAGGACAUGUUGGCUCACAACGGUUACAACAAAUUUCAGACUUCUGGAAAGUGUUUUGGAUCCAUCAGUACACUAGGCUAGAAAUCUUCUUGAGACUUGUUACUAAUUUAGAAACACCUAAUUUAAUAUCAAAAGUGAACACUGGACGACUCCUUACGCUAGGCUAAACUGUUGAAAGUUGCAUUGAUAUUGUGUCAUUUAUAGAGAGAAAAAUCAGAGCCACAGAGGAAUAUCAUGUAUGAAACUGGUGUAGUAUGAUUCAAGGAUUAUCAUGAUUAUAAAAGCAGUGACCAAAGUAAUCCAUUGAACAUUGUGUAAUGUAUAUAUUGUGAUUAUUUACCCUUUGUGGUGUGCACUUUGUUCUGUUGAUUUAUUUCAGUUCACUGUACACAUGUAACUAAAAUGUAUAUGUUGAGUCUUUAAAGCAGAGUCAUUAUGUGAUCAUAUUGAAAGAUGCUAGAAUUUGCGAAUAAAGUUGAAGGAACAUUUUGAAAGGUCUAAGGCUUGACUAAUGUGUUGGGGAAACCAUAAAAAUACAAUAACUCUUGUGAAGGCAACAACUGAAUCUAUAUUUGUUUAUUUCAUUCACAUCAGGAGCCAGGCAGCCAGGCCCUCUCCACACAUACAGAUGAAAGUAACAUCAACGAAACAAAAACAAGGUACAAAUAACUUGGCAAUAAAGAGAAAAAGAAGCACAAAAUGCACUUUACAUAUCAUAACAUGACUAGUCUGCAAAAUACAAGUUGAAAAAGUACACAAUCAGCAGCAGAGGUGGCAGAAAACACCAACACCCACUUCUCUAAGUCCUGGUGCCAAGGUGAGCAACUCUCCUUGUUCCCACUCCCUCGUGGAGCCACUUGUGUGGAUCUGUGUUCUAUUGGAGAGGUGAAAGCCUUGCUGAAGUCCAUCAAUCCCAGGAAGGCUAGUGGUCCAGAUGAUCUCCCCAGCUGGAUCCUUAAAGAGCACGCUGAAGAUCUGGCACCCAUCAUAACUCACCUCUUCAACGAGUCGUAUGAGUCGGGUACAGUACCGCUCAUCUGGAAAUCAGCUAACGUCGCACCAGUUCCGAAGUCAGCUGAGGCAACAGAAGUCUGCGAUAUGAGGCCCAUCUCUCUCCUACCCGUGCUGGCCAAACAGAUGGAGCGUUGUAUCCUGAAGAGACUUCUCCC